AUGACAAAUCUUACGAAACUUGAAUUUGUGGCUCUUGAUAUUACAGGAAAGAAUUAUUUGUCAUGGAUUCUUGAUGGUGAAAUUCACUUAGAUGCUAUGGGUCUUGGUGACACCAUCAAAGAAGGAAAUGAAUCAUCUAAUCAAGAUAAGGCUAAAGCCAUGAUUUUCCUUCGACAUCAUCUCCACGAAGGAUUGAAAAUUGAAUACCUUACAGUAAAAGAUCCACUUCUUUGGGAAAAUUUGAAGGAAAGUUCUCAAUUGAAAGUGUGCAGAGAAAAUAUUACUGAUGAAGAUAUGUUAGAGAAAACAUUCUCUACUUUUCAUGCAUCAAAUGUGCUCCUGCAGUAUCAAUAUAGAGAAAAGGGUUUUCAAAAAUAUUCCAAACUAAUUUCAUGUCUUCUUGUGGUUGAACAAAAUAAUGAGCUAUUAAUGAAAAAUCAUGAAGCUCGCCCAACAGGUUCUACUCCAUUCCCUAAAGUGAAUGUGACAAUAUCUAAUAAUCAUGGACGUGGGCGAGGUCGUGGUCGUGGCCGUGGACGUAGUCAAAGUCGUAAUAAUCACAAUCGUGGUAAUUAUAACUAUAACUCUUCUAAUUAUAAAAGCCACCAGAAGUUGAAUAAUGAUGAAGAGAAAAAGGAAAAGGGCAAAAGUGGACAACAUAAAAAUUCGAAGAAUGCAGAAAAUCUGUGCUAUCGAUGUGGCAUGAAAGGACAUUGGUCAUGUACAUGUCGUAAGCCUAAACAUCUUGUUGAACUUUAUCAAGCAUCAUUGAAAGAAAAAGAGACAAAUAUGAAAGCAAAUUUUGCCUACCAAAAUGAAAAUAGAGAAGCAAAUUUUGCUUAUCAAGAUGAUACUUUUGAUCAUAGACCUGAUGAUAUAACACAUCUGGAUGUUGCAGAUUUCUUCAAAAAUCCUUAA